GACCAAAGUAAACUCCAGUCCCUCUGUCUGUACCAGCAAGUCACAGUCGCGCGCUACACCGGAGAAAGGAGUAAACGAUGAUGCAGCGGGGUUUAUUUCGUAGGGGUGCGCUGCUGGCCCAACAGGCCGCUGUGGAGAGCUCACUUCCUCCGAUGAUUUCACCUCUUCAACCGCGACUUGACCGCUCAAUGUCCUCGUUGACAAUUCCACCCCCGGCGUGCAUGCUCCGGCCUCUCGAGGUUCCUUUCCGUUACCUGUUUGGACCCGGACCGUCCAACGUGCCUCCUCGCAUUUUAGCCGCAGGGGCCAGGCCAAUUAUUGGUCAUUUGCAUCCAGAAAUGUACGAGAUAAUGAACGACAUAAAGAAGGGAAUCCAGUACGCUUUCCAGACACAGAACAACAUGACGAUAGCCAUGAGCGGCUCGGGACAUGCAGCCAUGGAGUGCGCGAUCUUCAACACCGUUGAACCGGGGGAGAGCGUGCUCGUAGCUGUUAACGGUAUAUGGGGAGAGCGAGUGGCUGAAAUCGCCGAGAGAAUGGGUGCCAGUGUUCACACGAUGGUGAAAGCCCCUGGAGGAGUUUUCACCAAUGAAGAAAUAGAAAAGGCCCUGGCUAAACACAAACCGGUCCUGUUCUUCCUCACACACGGAGAAUCUUCUGCUGGCCUAGCACACCCUGUUGAUGGCAUUGGAGACCUCUGUCGCAAACACAACACGUUGUUCCUUGUAGAUACUGUUGCAUCUCUGGGGGCAGCACCUAUUUUCAUGGACCAGCAAAAUAUCGACAUCCUGUACACCGGCUCUCAAAAGGCCUUGAACGCACCGCCCGGCACGGCACCCAUCUCCUUCAAUGAAAGAGCCUGCCAGAAGAUGUUCACCAGGAAAACAAAACCAGUGUCCUACCUCUUGGACAUGAGCCAUCUGUCCAACUACUGGGGAAAUGACGGGAAGCCAGCCAGACUAUACCACCACACUGGGCCUGUGUCUGGGUUCUUUGCCCUGCGGGAAAGUCUUGCUAUUCUUGCUGAGACGGGGCUGGAGGAGUCCUGGAAGCAUCACAAGGAGGUGGCGGAGUACCUCUGGACAGGCCUGGAAGACUUGGGCCUCAAGCUGUUCAUCCGGGAAAAGGACCUGAGGCUACCAUCCGUCACAACCAUUGCCAUUCCCCAAGGCUACAACUGGAGGGAGAUACUGCAGUACAUCAUGAAGCACCACCAGAUGGAGAUGACAGGGGGCUUGGGGCCCUCCAUCAACAUGGUGAUACGCGUGGGCCUGAUGGGAUACAACUGCCAGAAGAGAAAUGCUGACUUGGCCCUGGCUGCUCUGGCCGACGCUCUGAGGAACUGCAAAAAGAGCAAGGCGUGACAACGUUUUUAUGUGUUUUCUACCCUGAAGGGUAACAGACGUGCCGGAGGAAGCUUGGAAGAAAUGGACGGUUGUGAACACAGAUCAUUUAGGCAGCCAUGUAAAAAGACAGAUUCACAUGCACCUGCUUUCCGCGUAGAGGGUUUUUAAUUAUUGUAAAUGACAAAUGCUCUCGUAGGGAAAGAAUAUACGAUAUAUUCAAAGACAAUAAAAUAUUUACAAUGUGU